ACAAAAAUAAUCAAUCGAGUAGACUCAAAUGUGUGGUUGGUAAUACAGACCAUCUUUGAUGAUCAUCCACUUCACGUCUGUAUUCUAUAAUCAUCAAACCUUUAGUGAUGAUGGCAGCUCCCUUAGUGUUUUCGUUGAGAAUUUUAUCUACUCCUCAUCAUGGGAUCAAUCGAAAUUUUCAACCUUUUCUCCUAACCCAAACAGGAGCUCCUCCUAGAUAUCGUGCUCUUCGUUGCCAAGCAAACUCUGAAUCUUCCGAACCCAAGGAGAAAUUGGUGGUAGAUAAUGGCUCUACUAGUGAAAUUUCACCUGCGUCGAAAGUAGCGGAACCAUCACCUUCUUCUUCUUCUUCUUCUGCGUUUCCUGAGUCUCCAAACAGUGAUAUUAACAGAAGAGUCGCUGUUGGUUCUGUUGUUGCCGCUUUGGCCUUGUUUCUAUCGACAAGGCUUGAUUUUGGGAUCUCCUUGAAGGAUUUAACUGCUUCAGCCUUGCCUUACGAGGAGGCUUUGUCGAAUGGGAAGCCGACAGUGGUUGAGUUCUAUGCUGAUUGGUGUGAGGUUUGUCGAGAACUUGCCCCUGAUGUUUACAAAAUCGAGCAGCAAUACAAGGACAAAGUGAACUUUGUGAUGCUAAAUGUGGACAACACGAAAUGGGAGCAAGAGCUGGAUGAGUUUGGUGUUGAAGGUAUUCCUCAUUUCGCUUUCCUCGAUCGACAGGGGAACGAGGAAGGUAAUGUGGUGGGGAGGCUCCCGAGGCAGUAUCUAGUUGAGAAUGUCAAUGCCCUUGCAGCCGGAAAGCAAUCAAUUCCUCAUGCUCGAGCCGUGGGACAGUACAGCAGCGCCGAAGCACGCAAGGUUCAUCAGGUUACUGACCCCUUAAGCCAUGGAUAGAAAGAGAAAGAGACAUCACAACUCUAUAGUGCACAAAAGAUAGACAGUAAGGGGAACAACUGAAAAUUAGCAAUGUUUCAUAUUUGUAACUAAAUGUUCGGUUUCGUUUUAUUACAUGACUUAUAAAAACUCUAAUCUGAAUCCGAAGAAAAUGAGGACUCAGCUCAGAUACCAUAUUUGACAGAGUCUCCCUCAUUUCCUGAA